AUGCUUGUCAGAAGUUUGAGUCUUUUGUCUCGUUUAUUUUCAUGCAGUCGUCUUUCUUCUUGGAAUACUACUGUGUGGCCAACUCUCUGGCUUGGCUGGCUAAAUUCUGGACUCUUUUCAGGAAGGAGACUGCUGCGACACAGUCCCAAGCACCCCAGACAGCCAAAACCCAAGUGCAAGGAUGGUGAUGAACAUGGGUGCAAUAAGGGCUCCCUGCCUGUUGGGAGGCCGGGCAAGGGGACCGUUCCCAAGGAUCCCACACCACAGUGCGAUAUUUCCGACAUAAGGUGCCUGUUGAGGAAGUCAAGGGAGAAGAAAUUUUUUAAUGAGGGCAGGAGGGAUGCAGUUGGUGGGCCCAACACAUCCCCAGGGGAAACAGCCGCGCAGCCCCCAGGCGAGAACAUCACAAUCGGGUGCGAAGCGGGCGACGUCAAGUGCUUGCUGGUGCUGCAGAGGCUGAAGCAUGAUUAUCACGCAGCCAGGACGGGGACGACAACCGCAAACGGGCGGCCUGCCACAAUCCCUGGGAGGGGGCCUGCAGCGCCUGGAUCUGGGCCUGCAAGGACAAGACCUGGACAGAGGCCUGUCCCAGAGGGUGCUGCACGAAAUGGAACCAGCAGAUGUCAGGGGCAGGUUGGCCUGGAUGGCGCCCGGCGCAGGCCACCAGGGGGAUUGCCUGGAGCGGGUGUGGCAGGGAGGCAAACAGGGCAGAAUGAAACACGUCGUGGGGUUGGCAGCCGGCCAGGCAGCAGGGGCCUGUGGGGCCGGCCAGGUGCUUCUGGCACUGGCUGCAGGUCUGGUGGGAGCGACCCCAGGGGAACACUCCCCAGAGAGGGAGCUGGCGGAACGGCUGGAAGCAGAAGGGGGCAGGGCCAGACGGCUCCUGGCUUUGGCAGCGAGGGGGGUAGGAGCAGGCCGGGUGGCUUGCCAGGGGGGGGUGCAGGCCAGGGACGGGCGAGACCAAAUAGAGUGGGGACCACCGCUGGACAGAGGCAGCCAGGCGUGGGGUCUGGCAGUGCAAGACUGGGUUCAGGUGUGAGCAGACCUGGACUUGGAUCUGCCAGGCAGAGAGCAGUGGGGGCCAGCAGCUCUGGAUCUGGAUCUGCCAGGCAGAGACCAGUGGGGGGCAGCGGCUCCAGAGCCAGGCCAACAGGUACGGGCAGAAGCAGGCCUGCAAACGCGACAGCGGGAGGCAGUGGGGCCAGGCCCACGGGUGGGGAUGCCCGUCCGAGAACAACGCGCCCAGAUGGUGGUGCAUCGGGGAAUGGGAGGCCAACGGGGACCGAUGGUGGCAGGAGGCGUCCAAGCACUGGUGCUGGUGGCCAGACAGGGAGUGGCGGGGCUCAGAGGAGGCCAGGGGCAAACAGCGACGCCCAGCGGGGAGCUGGGCAGGGCCGCAAUGUGACUGUCCAGGGGACUGGCAGGUCGACAGGGUCCAGGAAGGCUGAGAGUGUGACGGGCGUCAGCCAGGGCCAGAACACGACAGAGUCUGUUGCUGUUGGGCCCAACAAAGACCAGCAGGGCACAGGGCCGGAUAAUGGCAAGCGGUACAGGAACGCAACGGGUCCAUCGGAUGUUGGGUUGAAGAAGGAUCAGAAGAAGAAGGCUGCGAAGGAGCCUGCAGGCAAAUGCGAUGAAGACGACAAGGCCUGCCAGGAGAAACUCGAGGAGGUUAGACAGGCCAAAAGACGCAAGAAAGCUCAAAAAGAGACUGCCCAGGGAACUGCUGAGUCGAAAUCUGGCUUGCCAACUGUGCCCGGGCAGGUUCAGGAUGCGACAGACCUGGCGAUCGACGCAACGAAUGCAACCAGUCAGGACCAUGGGGCUGCAGUCCCUGAUGUCAGUGUACCUGAAUCCCCUGUACCAAUUAUGGCCACACAGGGACGAGGCAACGGCCAGCAGGGGCUGAGUACAACGACUCCAUCGGAUGGUGGGCCCAAAAAGGAUAAGAAGAAGGGGUCCCGGGCUACAAAGAUGCCUGCAGACAAGUGCGAUGCAGAUGAUGAGGCUUGCCAGGAAAAAGGUAAGGAGACCAGGCAAGCCAAGAAAGCUAAGAAAGCUCGAAAGCGGGCUGCCAGGGGGGCUGCUGAGCCAUCGUCUGCGCUGCCAACAGUGUCCAAGGAGGUUCAGAAUGAUACAGAUCCAGCAGUUGACGGGGCUGCUGGAGCCAGUCAGGACCAGGGGGCUCCAAACCCUUCGGCCAGCGUACCUGAGUCUCCUGUGCCACUUGCCACCACACAGAAUCUGCAAGAGGCGCUCCCACCAUCCAGUGCGCUGAAUGGAUCGGAACAGAGUCAAGAUGCAGUAGUGGUGGGAGCUGAUGCCCCUGUGGCUGCAGUGCCAACAGUGGCCAACCAGCCCCAGAAUGAGGCGACCCUGCUGAGUGAAGCCCCCGUUGAGUCUUCCUUCACUCCACCUCUUCCCCGACCAGAUUUUGUGGUUUGUGAAGAUGGUGACGAUGAGGAGUGCCUGAGGCAGCUGGCCCAGCAGCAGAGGGUGUACGACGCGCUGGUACGUGCCCGGGCGGAUGGAGACGCAACCCCCAUGACUCCAUACCAGCAAAGCAUCCUGUUUCCUCAAGCAACCGAGGUGACGGCCACUAGCCCUUUCGAUCCACCAUUGAGCCCUCUGCCUACCUUUGAGCCUGCAUCGCUGCCUGCCCCACAGCCUGUGCGGCAGCCCUCACCACUGCCACCACCUCAGCCUGCACCGGCAUUUGUGCCAAGGCCUGGGGCAGCAUACAGGUCAGAGCCAGCCGAUUCCUUCUCCAGGCAGGCGCCAACCCAGGCCCUUUCAACACAGGGGGAGGUACUGCCCCCAGUUGACUAUCCCCCACCUGUCCCAGUGUACCCGCCUGCACCCGUUCCUACUUAUCCGCCUCUGCCUACCUCAGCGCCCUUGCCGUACUACCCCCAAUACCCGCCUGUAGCGCCGCCAGACUACUGGGGAUAUGCGCAGCCACCCAUCUACCAGGACCGUCCGGCAUAUGAUCAACAACCUGUGUACCCAGAGCAGCCAAUGUACGGCCAGCCACCAGCGUACCAGGACCAGCCAAUGGUGUUCGAUCAGAAUCCUGUUGAGGAUCCAUUGGCGGUGCAGCCAACUGCUGUGCCAGGCCAAGGCGGAGCCUGA